CCAGACGCGACGACGUGCAGGUUGACUAAUUGCCUGGUUCCCCUAACUCAAACUCAAGUCCAAACCCCAGCUAAACCCAGCACGCACACUUAGAAGAGAACUCGAAACCUAUUGCACCUGCACACAGUCGCGCUCUAAUCAAUUCUAAGUAAAUAAAUCAAAGUUUGAAAGUACAGGCAAAGUCAAACGCUUCAUCAUGUCGGCGAAAGCAAUCACGGAGGCCUCCGGCAAGGACAUCCUGAACCGCCACCUCAACACCCAUGGCGCCGGCGUGGCCACCUGCCGCUUUGCUACAGUGAACUCCAGCACAGAUUGGUCCAAGCUCUCCGUCGACAAUCCAUGGCUGCUGACCACGCCUCUGGUGGUCAAGCCCGAUCAACUGAUCAAGCGCCGCGGAAAGCUGGGAUUGAUUGGUGUCAAGAAGACCUUCGAGCAGGUGAAGCAGUGGAUUGGUGAGCGCCUCAACAAGGACCAGAAGAUCGGAAAUGCGGUCGGCAAGCUGCGCAACUUCAUCAUCGAGCCUUUUGUGCCGCACACGGAUGCUGAGGAGAUGUACGUGUGCAUUUACUCGCACCGCGCGGCCGACACCAUCCUAUUCUACCACCAGGGUGGCGUGGAUAUUGGCGAUGUGGAUGCUAAGGCCGUGAAGUUGGACGUCCCUGUAAACUCCACUCUGUCGCUGGCCGACGUUAAGAGCAAGCUCUUAAAGGAGGUCAAGGAUGCUGGCACCAAGGAGCGCAUUGCCAAGUUCAUUAGCGCUUUGUACACCACCUAUGUGGACCUGUACUUUACAUAUCUGGAGAUCAACCCUCUGGUGGUGACGGCCGAUAAUCUGUACAUCCUGGAUUUGGCGGCCAAGCUGGACUCGACCGCUGACUUCAUCUGCCGUCCCAAGUGGGGCGAGAUCGACUACCCUCCUCCGUUUGGCCGGGAUGCCUAUCCCGAGGAGGCCUACAUCGCCGAUCUGGACGCCAAGAGCGGUGCUUCGCUCAAGCUGACGAUACUCAAUCGUAACGGUCGUAUCUGGACAAUGGUGGCGGGCGGUGGCGCCAGUGUCAUUUACUCAGACACCAUCUGUGAUCUGGGUGGAGCCUCCGAGCUGGCCAACUAUGGAGAAUACAGUGGAGCUCCUUCGGAGCAGCAGACCUACGAGUACGCCAAGACGAUCCUCAACCUGAUGACCUCCUCCCCAAAGCAUCCUGAUGGCAAGGUGCUGAUUACUGGAGGUGGCAUUGCCAACUUUACCAAUGUGGCGGCGACCUUCCAAGGUAUCAUCACCGCCCUGCGCGAGUUCCAGCCCAAGCUCGUGGAGCACAAUGUUUCGAUCUUUGUGCGACGUGCCGGACCCAACUACCAGGAGGGUCUCCGGAAGAUGCGCGACUUUGGCAGCACCCUGGGCAUCCCACUGCACGUCUUUGGACCCGAGACCCACAUGACCGCCAUUUGCGGAAUGGCGCUGGGCAAGCGACCUAUUCCCCAGGUGUCUAGCGUUGAGUUCUCGACGGCCAACUUCCUGCUGCCCGGUGGACAGCAGGCCCAGGCAGAUCUUAAGGCGGCCAGCGAUGCUACCGAGACUUUGGGUUCCGGUUCCGCCCUGAGCCCGACCGCAGCUAAACCGAUUAAACUACCACCUAUCUCAGCAGAUGAGGGCGACAGCGCUAGCGUCGCCGGUGCUCAGCGCAACGGAUCGAGUCUGAACCGAAAGUUCUUCUCCAACACCACCAAGGCGAUUGUGUGGGGCAUGCAGCAGCGGGCGGUGCAGUCGAUGCUCGAUUUUGACUUUAUCUGCAGACGCGAUGAGCCUUCUGUGGUGGCAAUGGUAUAUCCCUUCACCGGGGAUCACAAGCAGAAGUACUACUGGGGUCACAAGGAAAUCCUCAUCCCCGUGUACAAGAAAAUGUCCGAUGCCAUCCACAAGCACAAGGAUGUCGAUGUUAUGGUCAACUUCGCUUCCAUGCGCAGCGCUUACGAGUCGACCCUCGAGGUGCUAGAAUUCCCCCAGAUCCGGACAGUGGCCAUUAUCGCCGAGGGAAUUCCGGAGAACAUGACCCGCAAGCUGAUCCUCGAGGCGGACAAAAAGGGAGUCGCCAUCAUUGGACCCGCUACCGUGGGAGGUGUUAAGCCCGGAUGCUUUAAGAUUGGCAACACCGGCGGUAUGCUGGACAACAUCCUGCACUCGAAACUGUACCGUCCAGGAAGUGUGGCGUAUGUUUCCCGCUCCGGAGGAAUGUCCAAUGAGUUGAACAACAUCAUCUCGAAGGCUACCGACGGCGUGAUCGAGGGCAUUGCCAUCGGAGGAGAUCGUUACCCAGGCUCCACCUUCAUGGACCACAUUCUGCGCUAUCAAGCCGAUCCGGAGACCAAGCUGAUCGUCUUGCUGGGAGAAGUUGGUGGCACCGAGGAGUACGACGUGUGCGCCGCUCUGAAGGACGGUCGUAUUACCAAGCCUCUGGUGGCCUGGUGCAUUGGAACCUGCGCCAGCAUGUUUACUUCCGAAGUCCAGUUUGGCCACGCCGGAUCCUGCGCGAAUUCCGAUCAGGAGACGGCCACAGCUAAGAACAAGAGCCUGCGAGAAGCCGGCGCCUACGUUCCAGAUUCUUUCGACACACUGGGCGAGCUCAUCCAUCACGUGUACGGCGAGCUAGUGAAGACUGGUCGUGUUGUGCCCAAGGAGGAGGUGCCGCCACCAACAGUCCCCAUGGAUUACUCGUGGGCCCGUGAGCUGGGUCUCAUCCGGAAGCCCGCCUCCUUCAUGACAUCGAUCUGCGACGAGCGUGGCCAGGAGCUGAUCUACGCAGGAAUGCCAAUCAGCGAGGUGCUCAGCAAGGACGUCGGCAUCGGCGGCGUUAUCUCUCUGCUGUGGUUCCAGCGUUGCCUGCCUUCCUACGUGUGCAAGUUCUUUGAGAUGUGUCUGAUGGUCACUGCGGAUCACGGACCCGCCGUUUCGGGAGCUCACAACACCAUUGUGUGCGCCCGUGCUGGCAAGGAUCUGGUCUCCUCCGUCGUCAGCGGUCUGCUGACCAUUGGCGAUCGCUUCGGAGGUGCUCUGGAUGGAUCUGCACGUCAGUUCUCAGAGGCGUACGACACCAACCUGCAUCCCAUGGAGUUCGUGAACAAGAUGCGCAAGGAGGGCAAGCUUAUCCUGGGCAUUGGUCACCGAGUGAAGUCCAUCAACAACCCGGAUGUGCGCGUUAAGAUCAUUAAGGAAUUCGUGCUGGAGCACUUCCCUGCGUGCCCGCUUCUUAAAUACGCCCUGGAGGUGGAAAAGAUUACGACCAACAAGAAACCGAAUCUUAUCCUCAAUGUGGACGGCGUGAUAGCUACCGCAUUCGUGGACAUGCUGCGCAACAGCGGCUCAUUUACCAGUGAGGAGGCACAGGAGUACAUCAAUGUGGGUGCAAUCAACUCGCUGUUCGUCCUGGGCCGUAGCAUAGGAUUUAUCGGCCACUACAUGGAUCAGAAGCGUCUCAAACAGGGCCUGUACCGCCACCCGUGGGACGACAUCUCAUACGUCAUUCCCGAGCAGUACAACUAGGCGGGCAGAUAGUGCCGCGUCGAUGUUAUAUAUUUACGUAUAUACAAGCAUAUAUAUAUUAUUCGGAAGUUGUUGUAGUUAAGCACAGAUGUAUGAUGUUAGGCAGGGAGUAACCCGCUCCCCUGGCUGGAAGGAUCCACCCCGGUCUAUCCGCGCAUGUGCCUCUCCCCAAUUCCCUUCCCCUCUCACUUAACCUGCAUUUAAAGUUCUUAAGUUACCAUCAUUACCCUCGUUGUUCUUGUAAGCUGUGCGAGCCUUGGAGCCCGUUGGGGUUUUGGAAUCUAGACCUAGUGAAAUUUAGUGCUCCGAGCCGCACUACAUAACAGUACCCCAGCAUAACACUAUUUGAUACUUUUAUACUUUAGUUUGGAUGCUCACAAUUGUCUAGACAACAAGAGAAUAAAUUGUUGCAAAAGCUUAAUUUUAUUUUUA